AGUGUCAGGCUUAUAUAAUAUCAUGAGAUGAAAACUCAACAGCAGUAGUAAACUUGAGGCCAUCCUGAAAAGUUCUCUGUUGGGCGUACCCUGAUCCUAUCCAAAAAUAGACGUUGGAUAGGUAAGGAAUUUUUUUGUUUAAAAAAUGAAAUUAACAAGGAGAGAAAAAACGAACAAGAAAAUAGUAAUAAAUGAAAAAGAAAAUAAUAAUAAUAAACAGGUGAAUUCAGAGUAAGAACCUAUACUGGAAUAUUGGCUUCAUUAAGCCAAACGAAAAUAUUUUUUUUCUGGCCUGGCACACAAAUACCAUGCCCUUCUUUAUCAGCAUCAAGUACAAGUGUACAGCCAUCAGACUUGGGUGACAAUCAGGCUUGUCUGGACCCUGCAGGGAAGAGGAACUAGCUGUGAACUUGCUUCACAGUGAACAAACCUACACAUCUACACGUGGGUCUCUGGCUUUCGCAAUGAAUCCUCUCACUUUACGCAGCACUCUUUUUCUGAUGUUGGCAGCCAUUUUGUUCUCAAAGUUUGACAAUGGUCUAUUCGCUCCAGACAUUUUGCAGCCGUCAUGCAAACAAACGAACAAAAAAGUUGAGUGUUCUGGUGUGACAACAAUUCCCGUCCGAGUUCCCAAAAAUGUGACAAUCCUGACACUGUCACACUGUGAACUCCAGGAAAUCUCCAGCAACGCGUUAUCUUCUCUAGACCAACUGACACGAUUCAACCUUCACAACUGUACUGUCAAGGUCAUAAAAUCUUGUGCCUUCUAUGAUCUCACACUGACAAAGGUCGUUUUCAAGAAAAGUCAAAUCGACACUGUGGAGCCAUAUGCAUUUUCAAACAUGACAGGAAUUAGCCUGGCUUUUGAGAACACAAAUUUCAGGAAGAUUGCACCGCUGUCCUUCUCUCACAUUAAUAAUGUGACCAAUAUGGAUAUCCAGCGGGUCAACAUUGAAAGCAUCUACACAAAAGCAUUCAACAAUGUCACAGGUAGACGAACGUUCAUCAGCACCAGUUUUAUCAAGUUCCUGUACCCAAAUGCCCUGUCAUCAUUCAAUUUCACAUCCAUGUCUGUUGCGCUAAACAAUAUCACACAUACUUGCAAUCUGAAAACCUCGUUGAAAAAUGCUCGAAGAUCCACUUUUUAUAACAACAUGGUCCAAAACACCAACUGUUCUCAGGUUUUCUAUCAAGCAGACAAUAGUUGGAAUACUUCUCUUGUUUGCAUGAAGCCAGUGGUCUCCAUGACAACAUUACCGUCCAUUACAUCGGACAUCAAAGACGAAUAUGAAAACGUUACGUCCCCAAUCGGAGUGGAAUUGUCUUCAGCAGGGUUUCUGACAACACAAACUGUGAUGGACACUUCACACGAUGACACAGGCUUAGAGUUGAAUUCUACACAGGUGCAAAAUUCUACACAGGUGCAAAAUUCUACACAGGUGCAAAAUUCUACACAGGUGCAAAAUUCUACAAUCAUCGAUAUCCUGAUCAACUCAACUGGAGGAUCUGCCCUAAACUCAGCUGAUGAAAUACUUACAAAUACAAUGUCAGAAACAGUGUUCAACACGGACCUCCUGAUCAACUCAACGACAGAAAUAAUGCUGAAUUUUACAAUGGACAUGCCCAUGAACUCAACUACAGAAUCUCUUGUGAACUCAACAUAUGAAACCCUUAUGAAUACAACAGAAAAACUGACGAACUUUACAGCACCAUUAACGUCAGCUGCUCGAAGCAAAUCCAUGUAUCUUGUCCCUUGCUUGAAAAUUCUCAAAACCUCACCUGAUCUCCAGUCAACCAAUGGUGAGCCGAUGCAUGCUCAUCCGUUGGCCAAAGGAGCAACGAUAAUGCUGGGAAUGCUAUGUGCUUUCUUUGGACAUCUUACAGCUGUGCUUUAACAAAAGAAGUCUUCUACCCAUCAUAAUGUUUCUUCACUAUCGCCAUUUAUUUUAUGUCAAGUAAAAUUUGAUAGCUCCACUUUAAACAAUUUGAUUAGAAAAGAUAAAAGAGCUCAUGAGGAGAAAAAAAUCUGCAAAGGGGGAAAAAAAAAAGUACAGUGAGUAGAAUACGUGCAGCAGAUUUGGUUGUUCAAUCCCAGACAUAUUUUUGACAAAUCCUGUACACAAUUGAGAUGUACCGUCAAAUAUCACAGAAACAAGCAGGUACAAGUUAAGAUGAUCACACAGCAUUUGUAAGAGGGCAUCAAAAACUCCCCAUAAUCAUGUUUCAUUUCCACCAUUUAUUCUGUCAUGUAAAUACUUAUUUUUGUACUAUUACAUUCAUUGUCGGACUACAUGUAACACCCUACUGGACGAUAGUGACAUACAUGUAAUAAUGUGUACAGAAAUGGCUUGAAAUGGCUAAGAACGUAUUUCCAAGCAUACACAAAAUCUGUUGUGUUCAUGACCCAGGGUCGCGAAGCGAUCUUUGACCUAAGUCAAAAAUCAUUUUAUUUAUUAACUUGGUAUGUUUUUUCCCGUUGUUUUAGCUGAAAUUCAUUUUACAAUAACUUACCCAGAUUUAAUGUUGUCAAGCAAUAU